CAGUUAUUUAAAUUUCCUAAUUAACUUCCUUGAUGAUCUACGUUUGGAGAAGUAGUGGAUGACAUUUAGUUGCCAAACACACCUGUUGUAGCUUUGGUCACAAUAAGAUUAACAGGGGUAUAUUUCCCAUGAUUCCAGAACAUCUUUCCUAAAUGAUCCAAAUUUGAGAGAAUCUGUUGAAAUUAUGGUUUCGGGCAAAAUCAUGACCUUUAUGAAUUGACAUGUUAACAUCUUUAUGUUCACACAUAAGACGGUGAUACUAUGAGUGUAAGUAAAGACUGAACAAUGUUUAAAGCAAAAUAAUGAAAUAGAGAACAUUCUAAGCAAAUCUGGAUCAUUAGAAUAAUUGGAGAAGUAUUUGUUGUUAAAACAGACUUAGCUAUGAAUAGAGAAACAAGUUUGAAGAGGGAGACACCAGGAGAAUCACAAGAACAAUCCAACAUAAACAACAUGAAAAUGAAUAUUGAAGCAAAAAUAGAAAUCAACUUGCAGAAAAUUAUAAUUGACAUGAUGUGUCUGACGGAUGGAAAAGUUAUAGUAGUGGAACGAUUUGGAACAGUUAACAUAUUUACUUCUGAUGGCAAACUCCAGAAACAAUUACCAAUACCUGGUGAAGCGAGGAGUGUCACACAGAUCAAUCAGAAAACUAUAGCUAUAACUUAUCAUAAUGAGAAAGCCAUUAAGAUCAUUAAUAUGGAGAAUGAAACAGUUACCAAAGUUAUCAAGUUAGACAAAGUAUGCAGCGGUUUAUCAUUCUCAAAUAAUUCUCUGGCUGUAGGUUUGGAUGAUAAUGAAAUUCGUAUGAUAGACUUAGAAGGAAACACAGUGAAUUCAAUACAAGUUGAGAGUAAAUCAACACUGUUUAUCCUUGUUUACUGUAAUAACAAAAUCAUCUAUCUUGACUAUCUUGAUGGAGCAGUAUACUGUCAUGAUGAAUCAGGUAAACAUAUCUGGCGAUAUACACAGGAUUUAUCCUCACCAUACGGACUUUGUUCAGAUACUUAUGGUAACAUUAUUGUAGCGAACUAUUACUCUAAUAGAAUAGUAGUUAUAUCAAAAGAUGGACAGAAUAGUAAAGUACUGAUUAGUCAGGAGGAUGGACUGGUUCGACCUCAAUGUAUUUGUUUUAAACAUGAUGAGUCGUCAGGUUUUAUUUGUGAUGAAAGGGGUACAUACUUGGCAAAAUUCAAAUUAACUCCUUAAUAACAUAUUCAUACAGAAAUCAUAUGGUAUUAUACCUCUAUGAAGCUACAAAAUUAAAUAUAAAUAAAUUUAGCUUAUAUCUAGUAACAGCAAAUUAAAUUGCGCCUGUUUAGGUUAUACUGGACCAAAAUUCGUGAGACCUUAACGAAAUGUGACCUCUGCAAAUGCACGGCCACCGCACGUAGAAAUCAUACUUUAUUGCUGACGUCAUUGCAGUGUAAAAUUUAAGGAAUGCAUUACCAGUCAGAAACCAGAUGGAAAACCAAGCAUAACUAGGGUAAUAUAAAACAAUACGUAAUAUGCAAAUGAGUAUGCCUAGUCAAUACCCAUUGCUCUUCAUCUUUGUUAUUAUUUUGGCUUGCCAACCUUUUUGAUCUGAGCAUCAUUUAGACGAAACGCGCGUCUGGCGUAUCAAAUUAUAAGCUUGGUACCUCUUGAUAGCUAUUUUUUGUGUUUCUCUGUCCUGUUUGUUGUUUCAUUUAUUUGUAUUGUAGUCCUGUC